GUAUCACUGGAGGAGCUGGCACUUCCCCAACCACGUACCUUUAGCCUGCAGAAGGUGGUUGAAAUCUCUUACUACAACAUCGGACGCAUUCGUCUGCAGUGGUCACGUAUCUGGGAGCACAUUGGACAGCACUUUACUUCAGCCGGCCGCUCAGCUAAUGAAGAUGUUGCUAUUUUUGCUGUCGACUCUUUGCGCCAACUGUCUGUUAAGUUGAUUGAAAAAGGCGAGCUCCCGAACUUCCAUUUCCAAAAGGAGUUUCUUCGGCCAUUCUUAAACAUUCUCGAUGACAUUAACGACGUAGAACCGAGCAUCCAGGACAUGGUGGUUCGUUGUGUCUCACAAUUGAUCCAAUCACAGUGGACUAACAUUCGCUCUGGUUGGACUAACAUCUUCCUUGUGCUCUAUAUGGCCGCCGCAUCUAAUGAGGAAGGCGUAAUCGAGUUGGCUUUUGGUUCCUGUUCUUUCAUCAUCAACACUGUCUUUCCUAAUAACUUCUAUCUCCUCAUCGACUCAUUUCCGGUAUUUAUACGGGCUUUGGCAGAGUUCGCUUGCAACUUACAUUUCCCCGAUACGUCUAUGGAGGCUAUUCGGCUGAUCCGGCUCUGUGCACGCGUCGUCAGUGAACGUGCAUGCCAGUUCUCCAGCGAAGAAUCUAAUGCCUCCAAAACCUCGACUCCGGAAUCUUUGGUGGUGGAUAAUGUGAAAGAGGAUGACGAUUUGCUUUGGAAGCGGGGUUGGAUGCCUAUCCUCUAUGAGCUCUUUCGUAUUAUUAAUAACUGUAAGUUGGAUGUUCGAACACGCGGCUUAACGGUCUUCUUUGAGAUAAUUAAGUCCUACGGUUCUACAUUCCGUCUCACGUGGUGGGUGCAGAUCUUCAAGCUUAUCUUCUCAAUUUUUGAGCAUGGCAGAGACACCAGUUCGAGCGCUACAGUCACACCGCAAACGCCAAAGGAGGAUGGUUUUUGUCCAAGCGGGCGACAUCGGCUUUUCUCCGGUGAUCAAGUUGACGCAUUCGGCAUUACUUAUCGUGUCUUUACUAGCACGACAGAUCGCAGUGAAUGGCUUAAUACGACGUGUAAUCAUGCACUCUACUCAGUAGCGGAUAUUUUUUCGCAGUUCUAUGACCACAUUGGCGAUACUCUUUUGUCUAAUCUGUACGAGCAGUUGAAGUGGUGCUGUCUGCAGGAUCACGAGCAAUUGGCAAGAUCUGGAACUAGUUGUCUGGAAACUGUCGUUCUGACGAAUGGGCCCAAGUUUGAUGACGAGAAGUGGACAAUGACUGUCAACCUACUGGUCGACCUUUUCAAAACUACUGUUCCUCAUGAGCUUCUCUCGUGGCGACCGGACCCAUUAGUUGAUGACGUCACCUGCGACGAGGCAACCCUAAAACGCCGUCAGUCCGUCCGCACCCGCCUUUUCCUUCGACUACUUGUCAACUGUAUUGUCCAGUACGAACUCAUCCAGACGGUGGACAACAUUCUCUUUUUCCCAUCCCGCAGUAAACAAGAAGAUGCGCUUAUUUUGCGCGAAAUGCGCCAGUCCUCCGCUCAAUUAAAUUCGCAGCUCCUUCUGGGUAAUACUAUCAAAAGGGGUGUGCAACCGAGUGGAUCUGGGAGCACACCUUCACACACGCCAGAGGAGAAACGUCUUCUGGAGGCUGUCACAAAGGAUGGAUUUGUUUCACCCCCCACCCCUUCGCCUGACGCUUCUGCUCUUCCCGAUUUUGUCGGUGCAGAUAUGGAGGAACUGGUAGGGGGUGAGCUGCCACUACAUAAGAAGGCAACUUUUUCAUACGUUUCUUACGAGAAUCGUCUCAAGUUGAUUCAAUGCCUCAUCGAAUCUCACAAAUUCGCCAAAGCAUUCAAUUCUAACAUUGAGCAGCGGAACAUCCUCUGGGAGGCUGGUUUCAAAGCUAAGGCCAAACCGAAUUUGUUAAAACAGGAAACCCACAGUCUUUCCACAGCCCUUCGGAUUCUUUUCAGACUCACUGAGGAAGAACAUGACCGUCAGGAUGAGGUUACUGAAGUGUUGGAGAAUACCAUUAAAGAGGCGAUUGUUUAUUAUCGAAGCCUUCCUGUGGAUGGCCACCGUCAGGCCUGGGACAGUUGUCUUCUUUUAAUGCUCACACGUCUGGUGAAUCUCACCCCUAGCGAUCGGUUCACGUCUCUUUCCACUCGCCUUUAUUCUGCUGUUUGUGACCUUGUGGGCCUUCCCAACUUAUCACCUGAGGUUUCUGUUUUGCUUCGCGCCUUCUUGCUUCGUACAAAUGCUUCAUAG